AUGUUCGCCGUCCUCCGCGCCUCGUCCUCCCGCGGCGUCCGCGCAUUCUCCAGCACCGCCCAGGCCGCUGCCAAGCUGCCUCUCCGCGCACACUCUGAGACGCCCAAGCCCGCCGACCUCCUCACCAAGAUCGGGCGGAACGCGGAGAAGAAGCUCGGCGAGAAGGUGCCGGACUGGAAGUCGCUCACCGAGCUGUACUUUAAGGGGACGAAGCCGAUGAGCGACGCGGGCAUGACGCCGCGUGAGAGGAGGUAUGUGAUGUGGGCGCUGGAGCGGUACUCGCACGGCGACGCGCCAUCGACGUUCAUCCGCCCUCCAACGCCGGCCAAGAAGUUCCGCGGAUGGGGUCCCCGCGUCCAGAACGGCAAGCGCGUCCAGUAG